AUGCGCGACGCGUUUUUAACGGCGUGCGGACAUAGUUUCUGCUACUCGUGCAUCACCACGCAUCUGCAUCACAAGCGGAACUGCCCGUGCUGUUCGCAAUUCCUCACUCUCGACCAGAUUUUCCCCAAUUUCACGCUUAACAAGCUUCUAAAGAAAGCCACGGCGACGCAGAUGGUCUCGACCGCGUCGCCGUCGCAGCACCUGCGGCUGGCGCUGCAGCACGGCGCGGACGUGAGCAUGAGCGUGCGCGAGCUGGACGCGCUGCUUGCGCUGCUGGCGGAGAAGCGGCGCAAGGCGGAGCAGGAGGAGGCGGAGAUGAACAUGGAUAUCCUCCUGGAUUUCUUACAGCGCUCGCGGCAGAAGAAACAGGCGGAAUUGGACGAGCUCCGCGCGGACCUCCUUUUCAUCCGCGAGGACAUAGCGGCGGUGGAGCAGCGGCGGCGCUCGCUGCAGCAGAUGCGCGAGCAGUCCGCCGCCGCCAUCCACGCGCUGCUCUUCCGCGGAGGCGCUUCUUCCGCGGGCGCGGGGGACGAGACGGGGUUCGGAUCUGGGGGAUUGGCGGGGCUGAAAGCGGGCGCGGGGGAGGGAGUGCUACCUGCACCACCGCCGCCAGGCAGCGCACUCACUCAGACCUCGCAUUCAUUCGACGACCUGCACGAGUGCUACCUGCACCACCGCCGCCAGGCAGCCCGCUCUGCUCCCUCGCUCACCCUUCUGUACUCAUCCCCACCGCUCCCCACCCCUCACCUCCUUCUCCAGUUCGACGACCUGCAGGAGUGCUACCUGCACCACCGCCGCCAGGCAGCGCACGCCGCCAAGCCCGCGGGAGGAGCAGCAGGAGGAGCAUCAGCAGCAGCCGAGGCGGGCAGGCGCGGUAACGGCUCAGCAGCAGCAGCAGCAGCGGAGGGAGGGGCGGUGGGGCAGGUGGAUCUGGGCAUGGGCCUGGAGGAUUUCCGGCAGGUGCUGGCGGCGUUCACGCGGUUCAGACGUGUGAAGGUGGUGGCGGAGCUCAGGCAGGGGGACCUCUUUCAUUCCUCCAAUAUUGUCAGCAGCAUCGAAUUCGACCGCGAUGACGAGUUCUUUGCGACUGCGGGCGUGUCCAGACGAAUCAAAGUCUUCAACUUCUCGCAGGUGGGUCACGGAUGCGUCGAGUUCGACCGGGAUGAUGAGUUCUUUGCCACGGCGGGCGUGUCGAGGCGAAUCAAAGUGUUCAACUUCUCGCAGCGUUCCCGGUUGAGCCGUGUGAAGGUGGUGGCGGAGUUGCGACAGGGCGACCUCUUCCAUUCCUCCAAUAUCGUUUCAAGUAUCGAGUUCGACCGGGAUGAUGAGUUCUUUGCUACUGCAGGCGUGUCGAGGCGAAUCAAAGUGUUCAACUUCUCGCAGGUCAGAGGGCUGGGCGGGGGUGGGUCGUUCAGCCUUCACGCGGUUCAGCCGUGUGAAGACGUGCACUGCCCGGUCGUCUCCCCUCACUCCUCAGGUGGUGGGCGAGCUAGCAGACGUGCACUGCCCAGUCGUGAAGAUGCCCACUCGAUCCAAGCUGAGCUGCCUGUCGUGGUGGGCGAGCUAGCAGACGUGCACUGCCCGGUGGUGGAAAUGCCCACCAGAUCUAAGCUCAGCUGUCUGUCGUGGAACCCCUACCUCAAGGCGCACAUCGCCAGCAGCGAAUACGAGGGCAUUGUGACCGCGUGGGACGUGGGAGCAUCAAGUGUUAACCCUAGUCAAACUCGACUCAUUGAUUCCCCUCUUCCUCCUCGCCCGACCAUUCAGGUGGUGGGCGAGCUAGCAGACGUGCACUGUCCAGUGGUGGAGAUGCCCACGCGCUCGAAGCUCAGCUGCCUGUCGUGCAACCCCUACCUCAACGCGCACAUCGCCAGCAGGGCCCAAUUCCUACUCCCUCGUCGUGGGAGAGUUGGCGGAUGUUCACUGUCCUGUAGUGGAGAUGCCCACUCGAUCAAAGCUCAGCUGCCUGUCGUGGAACCCCUACCUCAAGUCAAGGCGCACAUCGCCCCAUUCCCAUUGCCCCACUCACCUGUUUCCCUACUUCAGGUGGUGGGCGAGCUAGCAGACGUGCACUGUCCGGUGGUCGAGAUGCCAACCAGAUCCAAGCUGAGCUGUCUCUCCUGGAACCCCUACCUCAAGGCGCACAUCGCGAGCAGCGACUACGAGGGCAUUGUGACGGUGUGGGACGUGGGCACGGGGCAGAGCCUACUGGAGUACGAGGAGCACGAGAAACGCGCCUGGUCGGUGGACUUUGCACGGACGGAACCGACCAGAUUGGUGUCUGGGAGCGACGAUGGGAAGGUGAAGAUCUGGUGCACGCGGCAGGAGAGCAGUGUUCUCAACAUUGACAUGAAGGCCAACAUCUGCUGUGUCAAGUUCAACCCGGGCUCCGCCAACUUCAUUGCAGUGGGAUCAGCAGACCAUCACAUUCACUACUACGACAUCAGAGCGCCAGCCCUCCCCCUCCACGUGUUCAGCGGUCACCGCAAGGCCGUGAGCUACGUCAAGUUCCUCUCGCCCUCGCAGCUCGCCUCCGCCUCCACGGACAGCACUCUCCGAUUAUGGGACGUCCAUUCGCAUGCUGCGAUUCGCACGUUGAGGGGCCACACCAACGAGAAGAAUUUUGUGGGCCUGUCGGUCAACAGUGACUACAUCGCAUGCGGCUCCGAGACGAAUGAAGUGUACAUCUACUACAAGGCCAUGUCUAAACCCAUGGCAGUACACUGA